AACCGGCUGUGGAGAAAGAGCCGCUCAUCACACGGUAACAGCAAAUGCAUCGGUACUGACAUGAACAGGAACUUUGAUGCCCGCUGGUGUGGGGAAGGAGCAUCUCCCUAUGAAUGUCACGAGAUAUACUGUGGACCCUAUCCAGAGUCUGAGCCUGAAGUGAAAGCGGUGGCUCGCUUUGUCAGAGAUCACAAAGACAUCAUUAAAGCAUACAUAACCAUGCACUCUUAUUCCCAGAUGGUAUUGUUUCCAUAUUCUUACACUAUGGACAAAAGCAAGGACCAUGAUGAGCUGGAAAGUCUAGCAAAGAAAGCAGCUACAGCUAUAAAGAGGACAACAAGGAAAACUUACAGACUUGGUGCUGGUGCACAAACAAUUUAUUUAGCUCCCGGAGGGUCAGACGACUGGGCUUACGAUCUUGGCAUUAAAUAUUCUUUUACCAUUGAGCUUCGGGACACAGGAACUUACGGAUUUUUGCUGCCUCCUAAAGAAAUUAAACCAACUUGCCUAGAAGCACUUUCUGCUGUCAAAGAGAUAGCUCAACAUGUUCUUCAAAAUUUGUGA